CUUGAAAUGGAUUCCGCAACUCUUCAAGAGGAGAUCGAGUCGUUCUUUGAGUCAGCUCCGCCGCUCAAAGACUCCGCGAAAAUCACCGAUAAAUUGAAUCAGUUCAUCCAAUUUGAUUCUCCAUCUUCUGAAGGAAAAGGAAGGAGGGUUGUGUGCGUGACUUCAGGCGGAACUACGGUUCCUCUGGAGCAGCGGUGUGUUCGGUACAUUGAUAAUUUUAGCUCAGGGCAUAGAGGAGCGGCUUCUACAGAGUAUUUUAUUAAGGCUGGAUACAAGGUCAUAUUUUUGUAUCGGAGGGGAACCUGCCAGCCAUAUUGCAGCUCUCUUCCUGAGGAUCCUUUGUUGGAAUGUUUUGAAGUCGCUGAUGAUUCUGGUUUUCAAGUGCGGCAAUCACAUUCUGAAGCAGUGAAGGGGGGCAUUAGGAAUCACCAUGCUGCAGUUGCAGGUGGUCUCCUUUUGAAGCUACCCUUUACCACCAUAUUUGAGUAUCUUCAGAUGUUAAGGAUCAUUGCAUCAUCAAUGAGAAGCCUUGAGCGUCAUGCAAUGUUUUAUCUUGCCGCUGCUGUCUCUGACUUUUAUGUUCCUUGGAAGAGCAUGGCAGAGCACAAGAUUCAGUCAGCAUCUGGCCCUUUGAACAUGCGACUUAUGCAAGUUCCGAAGAUGCUCUCAGUGCUGAGGACAAACUGGACUCCGAUGGCUUUCUGCGUAUCCUUCAAGCUUGAAACGGAUACAAAAAUUCUCCUGGAGAAGGCCAAUAUGGCUCUUAAAAAGUACAAAAUGCAUUCAGUCGUAGCCAAUGAGCUAUUGACCCGGAAAGAGGAGGUUACAGUGGUAACAGGAAAUGGAAAUAUUUCAGUUCGUCGGGACAAGACUCGACCAGGGUCCGAAGUGGAGGAUCCACUGGUUGAACUCCUUGUGAACAAACACUCGACUUACAUCAAAGAUGCUAGCCUAAGCAAGUAGGACAUCCCUCGAUACAUACAUGGUACGAAACAGGUUUCAAAAGCAUACCUUUAUACUUUGAAAUUCGCCAUUACCGCAGUUUUUCUUUACUGAAAGUCUAACAAAUUAUUUUUCAUAUCCAUCACGGUUACCAAGUUUGUAACCGAUUGUUUUCCCUCACUAGACUCCAGGAAUUGAUCCACUGCAUAACAUCUGUAUGGACAAAGCUUCUGUUUCUUUUCCAU